AUGCCGGGUUAUGCCAAAUUCAUGAAGGAGUUAGUCACCAAGAAUAGAAGCAUGGAUUUUGAGACAAUAGAAAUUUCACAUAAUUGUAGUGCCAUUAUGACUAGCAAGAUGAUUAUAAAGAAGGAAGACCCGGAAGCAUUCCCCAUUCCAUGCACUAUAGGUAUGCUUGAAUUUGCUAAAGCUCUAUGUGAUUUGGGGGCAAGUAUAAAUCUAAUGCCCUAUGCAAUCAAUAAGCAACUUGGGCUGGGCAAACCAAAAUCCACAACAAUGCAACUUCUUAUGGCGGACCAGUCGAUCAAACACCCCGUUGGGAUACUCUAUGAUAUAUUAGUGAAGUUUGAUGGAUUCAUCUUUCUGGCUGAUUUUUUUAUUCUUGAUUGUGAGAUUUAUGCUGAAAUUCCCAUUAUUCUGGGAAGACCAUUUUUAGCAACCGAGAGAGCACUAGUGGAUGUUGAAAGCGGAGAGUUGAAGUUCCAGGUGAAUGAAGAUCAGGUCACCUUUAAUGUUGUUUUUGCAAACUAUGAUGAGUCCGAAGUUCAAGAUUAUGAUGAAGUGGUAGCCGCUCUUUUAGGAUUAGGAGAAUACUCAAGAAACCCAUUGGAGCCAGAUAUCGAUCUAAAGAAUUAA